CUCUUUCCAUCUGACUGGAAAUGUUUCAUAAAGAGAUUCUGAAGCACUUCCUAUGUGAAAUUAGAACGUUGGAGAGUUUUCUAGUGGGGGAUACAACCAAAGAUGGAUCAGCAGACUCUGUGUUUCUCUCUGAUUCUGAUCAUCUCUGGGUCCAUCUCUGUCGCCUGGAAGAUGACAUGUUCUCCGAAGGUCACUGCUUCUAGAGGAGAAGACGUUGUCCUUAACUGCUCCAUCAGUCCUGAUAAACUAAAAGGUUUUGAGAGCAUCACUGUUAAAUGGAUUGCCAGAGAUCAGCAUGCCGAUCCGUUCUUUACAUGCUCUGUUAGGUAUAACCCUUUAGAAGGACCAAAUGACUGUUUGGCUUCAAUAUUACAAUUUUCACUGCUUGGAGAUCCUCGGAGGGGGGAGCUGUCACUGCUCAUCACUAAUGUCCAGCUCACUAAUGAAGGCACGUUCUUCUGUAAAGCGGAGCUCGAUAGACGGCAGAUGUUACAAGAAAAGAUUCGUCUUGAUGUGAAAGCGAAGCCUCAGAUCCUGAGCCUCUCAGUGGAGAAUGCAACCUGUGCUCAGAAGAGCAGCGUUUCCCAAUGGCUGAAAUGUGAAGUCGAAGGCAAUCCACUGCCUAAAGUCGUCUGGCUGUCGCCUUCAAAGCGUCUUUUAGAGGACCAGGGCCACAGCUGGCAUUCUGGAGAGUGGCGCAGGACUGCCUGUGUCCCAUAUCUGAAGGAGGAGGAGGACCAGGUGAUCACCUGCAGGGCGGAGAACAGUGAGGGCCAUGCUGAGAAGGACUUCCCAGAAAGUGAAGAUGUGAGGAUGAUUGUGAUCGUGGUUAGUGUCAUCGUAAUGAUGUUGCUGUCUGCAGUCUUCAUCAUCAUCGUCAUCAUGUGCCUCGGAAAACAUCGACAGAAGCAGGCCUCAGAUCGUGGAGCAGAACUUCAGCCGGUUUAUUCAGAGAUCAACUGCGAUCCCUCUACACAGGUGAACUCCAUGCAGUCCAGACAGAAUAACAUGGAUACAGACGUGAUGUAUUCUGCUGUUAGUGUCCAGCAGUGAUGAAGGUGAGAAACACAGCAGACCAAAUGAUCUGCUGGUUCUGAAGAGGACCAGAUCUGACUCCAGGAGCACUAGAUGUUAGAGAAGGGAAAACAUGGCAGUCACAGUUCUUUGGAGAACUAAACCGUCCUUCACUCAAAGUUCACUUAGGAGGUUUUGCUUGUCUUCAAUUCUUUGUUUGUCUCAUGAUUGCUUGUUUUAUUAUUUCUUAUUGUUAAUGUAUUUUCAUAAAAUCUGAAAUAAACCCUCUGGCAUUUAUCUCCAAA